UUCAAUCUGCUCAGGCACUUAGACCGCGUGGACAGAAUGGCAGAGAAUGAAAGAGGGAGCGAAGGAGAACAAUUCGUUUAUAGAAUCAGUACGGCCGAGGAGUGGCAGGCGCUGCAAAGAGAUGGAGCCAUGUUUGGCGGCCAACUUGACAAGUCCACCGGCUGUAUUCAUCUCAGCAUGCUCCAUCAGGUACAGUCAACAUUGCAGAACUUCUUUCUGAACAGUAGCAAGGACCUUUACCUCCUCCAAAUUGAUUCUAAAAAGCUUGGAGAAGGGUUAGCAUAUGAAGCUGUAGAUGACUCAAAUGUCUUUCCCCAUUACUAUGGUCCAUCUCGGAGUUUCAGUCCUCUCCCGCUGCAUGCAGUUUGCAAAGCUGAGAAGAUAACUUAAUCAGGUGGCCAAUUCAGUUGUAGUUUGCUAAGCUGAGUGUGGUACCUACCAGCUUUUGAUUUGGCUUUGUGCCUCCAUGUUCCAUCUGAUUUGGCAUUGCUUUAGUUCGUUUUACUGCACAUGAAGAGAUUUCUAUGUGCUUGUUACUAGUUUCUGCCAGAGAGACUAAGGUUCUACUCACAGUUGAUCAUAUAGUUGUUAUCAUUCUCCUAGUUCUAAGGCUAGGAAUUGUGACCGCUAUUGCAUGGUGGGAAGGUCUGAUUUCACUGAUUUGUGUUUUGGUGUCAAUGCAUUUUAUUUAUUUAUACGCUCUAAAUGUUAUUUGCAGCAGCCAGCAGGUGAUAUGGUUCCUGGUAUUGUCUGCCUUCUUGCGCUAUGAGACAGUUAAUGUUUAAAAAUGCUUCGAAAGACAUAUAAUUACAGAUCUCUCUCUCUCUCUC